AUGACAUCUGCGUUUACCAAGUUGCCGAGAUUCAUCAACGACGCAGAUGAUGAACACUCUAUUCAUUUGAAGCAGAUGAUUGGAAAGUCGAAUCCUAUACGAUCACCAAUAAAGGAGCCGGAAUUCAAUGAGCAUCGAAAUACCCGUAUGAGUGAACCGGUCAAUCAGCUGAAUCGUCGCAGUGGAGCUGCCAAGUAUGAUGUAGAAACAGAGAUAUCAAUGACUUUGAACGGCAAGCAAGAAGACUUUGUAAAUGAAGAGGAAUUGAAUGAAUCAUACUUGAAGUUCAUUAACAACCAGUACGAGAAUGAUUACAAUGAAGAUGAAGACGACGAUUAUGUAUUGAGUGAUGAAGACACAUAUAAUGAAUUUUCUAAUGAUGAAGACAGUGAGGAUUGUGAGUACUUGGACUACAAGAGAAGACUUUCGGAGGAGCCUCAAUACAUUCCACAAAUUGAAUCACCAAGGUUGAAGAAGACCACUGACCACGAUGAGAGAGAGGACAACGACACCGCAGAUAAGAACAGCAUAGUGACGCAUAGUAAAGGAAAAGUAAGCGGGAAGCUGUUCCUUGUGUGGUUUGUUAUAGCCUAUUUGAUGGUUCUUUUGGUGACGUUGUUCUUGAUGUGGAAUACCAAAUCUCAAUCAACCCACAAUCCGAAAGUUGACCUUGGAAGUGUAAAUACGAGAAUCGAGAGUUUUGACAAAUCAUUGCGGGAGCUUCAGCGGUAUACAGAAUCCCAAUUGGAUCAAAUAAACUCGAAAUUUCAAAAUUUGAAACAGAAGCCUGCGGCAGAAGGUGAUACUGAGAAGUUGAUUUAUAUGAAACACGGCCAAGUACAAGUGUCUCCCCAUUUUCAUCAAUUUUUGAACCUGUUUCUUGACUCCUACGGUAAGUCUUUUAUCGAGGAGAAACUAAAGGAGCUCCAACCAGAUAAAAGGCUAGAAAAUGUGGAUGAAUUGAAGGAGUAUGUUGACCAAGCCAUUUCAAACUCAAUCGACGAAAUCACUCUUCGGGUAGGGGAGAACGUGGAUAAAAUACUUGAUGGUUUAAACAUUGUUAAUGAUACCAUAACCACGGAUCCAUUUAAGAGUUCCUUCUCUCGCAACAAAGUUUGGAUCAACUCUAUGCUUGAAUUUGUGUCAAAAGGAUCAAAGCUUGUCAACUACGCCGACUACAACCGCGGUUCACGAAUACUCGGAUUCUUGACAUCAAAUUUGGACAAGCACAAUUUGUUUCAAAAAAUGUGGUACGGAUGGAUUAUCUUUGCCAAGGAUUUGCAAGAUGGAAACAAUGCAGUUCAUGCUCUUUUAGAUGAUGACACUGCUUGGCAAGGUGGUGAUGAGCUAGGUGUACGAUUGAGUGCAGCUAUUAUACCUACUGACAUUCUAAUCCAACUAGAGAACGACGAUGCACCAAGUCCAGUGCGUGUAUCAAUUGGGUUCAAACCGCAUACUAAAGCGGGUUUUGACAUAUUGAAGUUCCCCAAAGUUGAAGAUUUGGCAGACCACAAUGUGAAUGCAUGUAAGUUCAAAUUUAUCAAAACAAGUCAAAUACGGCAGGGAAUCAACCAUAUAAAGAUGCCAAUCCAGUUCGUGAAUCAACAAAUUGCUGGUAAGGACAUCUACUUUAAAUUUUCCCAUGAUGUGAAAAUUGCCAAUAUCAAAGUAUACGGAGUAAGUGAUGUCAAUGCGGUGCGUUUGCAAGAUCGAUUCAAGUUGCUAGUUGACGAGUUCAAUGUUGAUGAUAAAGUGAGUGGUUUGGAUACGAGCAAUGAAGAUGUUUCGGCGACUGGCCAAGACAGAGAAGAGGUGAAAGUUUAUGAUAUAAAUGACGACCUAUAUUUGUAA